AUGAAACCUUACGCACAUAAUUCCAACAAGAUCAGACUUUCUAGUGGUGGUAGUCUCUUGUUACUUGUGACUCUGCUGCUCUUGUGCCACUGGUCCUUCUCACAAGAAAUUUCGUUGCCUCUAACGUACAAUGUCGCUACUCAUCGAUACAAUACAACGAUCAGUGUGAGAGGAACUGGAAAAACAAAAACAGCUGUCACCCAAGCAGAUUUCACUAUUGCCAUUGAAGCUCAAAAGACUUCUGCUUCAGCUGCUCAACGAGAAGUGGGUCAGUCCUCCGCUCAAGUCAUGGAAACUCUCCAACAAAUUGAAUAUGUGUUCAAAUUGAGAACUUCUUCCAUUUCUUUAUAUCCAGUCUAUGUAUAUAAUGAUACCACGAAGGAAUACACAAGAGUGGGUUAUAGAUCCUCGAACAGCAUCUCAUUCAGUGUGAGUAAUUUGGGAAGUGUGGGUCCAGUGUUGGACAAGCUCGUCGAGUUAGGUGUCACUCAAAUCAGUAGCAUGAAUCUCGUAGCCAAUGACACUGAAAUUGAGAAGGCAAAAAACAAAGCUCUUCAAUUGGCCAUUCAAGAUGCCAUGACAAAGGUGGGAAAUGUGUUGAUUGCUCUCUAUGAUGCACCGUCCUUUGAGCAAAUCAAGAACAGACUAGAGGUCACUGACUUGAAUAUUGAAAGUAGUAGCACCACUCCAGUAUCGUAUCCAAGAAUGUAUGCUCGUUAUCAAGAUGCUUCCCAAGGUGGAACACCCUCUGCCAUUCCUGUGGUUGCAGGUGACAUGGACAUUGAAUCCUAUGUUUCCUUAACCUUAAAGUUCUAA